AUGCCCGAAGCCGUCAAGAUGUGGUCAAACUGGCUUUCGAAGGGCCCACCCUCGGGGGGCCCUGAGCUUCCAGGCGCCAUCAAGCACAUUCCGAAGGCUCUUGACACGACCAAUAUGGUGGCAAAAGCUCCGACGUCAGCCUCCUCACCGGAGGCAGUCGCCAGCAUGACUUUUGGUGCCCCGCCGACCCUACUGGACGACCUCUCGACGUCCACAUUGGAAGUCCAAUCACAGAAGGUUUGGUAUCGGAGCGGCUGGAAGACCACAUCACCAAAGGUCUCCAUCGACCUGACACUGCGACGUUACAGGUCAGCGCAGGAACAGGAAGCAUCA